AGCAUAUAUGUUAGUCUGUUUGUGAGUUUGAUUGGUAUUUUUAUACAAAUUUGACUAACCUUUUUCGCUUAUACUAUACCCAGUAAGAAAAAUUUUUGACAUUUUUACGGAAAUGUUGAGAAGUAUUUUUAACCUUUUCUGUAAUUAUGAGAUACGGUAUAAGGUUCAAAAAUUGUAUAUACUUUGAAUUUACCCUUUUCAGGGUAUACAAGUAUUACAUAAAUUGUAUACAUGUUUUUUUUUACCUUGAAAACUAUUUAUUCUGCUCAGUGGGUACAACUUUUGGUUAUUGUUGUUAGUGCGAUUAUAGUUUCUUAAUAUUUUUGCUGCCAUAUUAAGCUGCUAUUAUUGUGUUACUGCUAUUAUUGUGUUACUGCUGCCAUACUCGUUUAUUACAUUAAACUGAUUAUUAGUAGUGUUGCCGUGGUUGUUAUUGCUGCUACCAUUGUGGUUUACAGCUGUGUCUGGCAUAACAAAUACAGGGUUAGACAUGGUAGUUGCCACAGGCAACAAUAGGCUAGUAACCAAAACAAUUAUUUACAAAAAAACAACAAACAACAUUCACACGCACACACAAAAAACUACAAGUGCACUUAAAUACAAACACACACACACAAAUAUAUAAAUGCUCAAAGAAAUAGCCAUGAAAAUGGCUUCACAUAUCCUCAGUGGAAUUUCAAGUGCGACAAAAGCAGACAGAUAAGUGAACGUCGACAAAACAGUUAACGGAGUGAAUUAUAUUGAAGUGCAAGUCAAAAGCUGUAGCAGCAGCUAACUGUAAAAGUGUUCAUUGUGCGCAAGAAAAAGCAGAAUUAUUAGAGAAACGAAGAAGGCAAGUGGAAGAAGCAGCAGCAUAUUAAGUGAAUAGGAGUGCGCCUAAAAGCCCAUUAGGCGCAUACAUGUGCAGAGUGCGAGAACAUUAGCCAAAAAGAUAAAUACAAAAAAAGAACAAACCAACAACCACAAAAACACAUUGACUAGCUAAAGAAAAAUUAUACAGUAUAUUCGAGCGUCGAAUAAAAGACAAAACGAAAACAAACUCGCAUGGUGUGAAAAAGGUGUUGCCAUAUGAAGCAAUGCGCGCACACUAAGUUGGUUAAGUAAUUGGUGAGCGCCACAAUAACAACAACAAAGUUGCACAGCACGCAGCAGCUAGCUUGCUGUGGAGGCAAUGGUGCACAGCUUGUGGCGGUCAGCGCCUGACACAUCAUUAUAAGCACAUCAGCAGCACGUGUGAGCACAUACACAAGCGCACGCAUAUACAACCACACAUAUACAUGUACGCUUACAAAAAUAUCGCACGCGCUUGUAUUGUCCUUUUGUGUGCACGUCACUGUAACCAUUGUGCUGUCGUGCUCUUUUAACAACAACAUUUUCGUAUAAUUUCACAUUAUUUCUGUGUACGCCUCAACCGCAACGUGUCUGCCGUGUCACUGUGUGGCGAUUGUGUGUGAGCGCGUGCAUGCGUGCGUCAGUCAUUUGCAGCCGCAACGUCCGGCAUUAGAGUACCGCGUCUACGUCAACGGUAACCGCAACAUCACACAUACACAUACACGCACAUUUACAUUCGUAAUCCAAAAUAAGUGUGGCAGCACUCAUCAAGUGCUCAAAACAAUGCUAACUUGUGUGUGUCGUCCCGUCUCCGGUAAUUUGCCGAAAAUGCCACCAACAAUGAUGCCCGCACCGAAGCCGCCACGCAGCGCCAUCGCCAUUACCGGGCUAGGUGUGACGCCCACUGUUGUGGUGACAGCGGAACCCAAAAUGAACGUGCCUGGCAGGCUGACAUCAGCCGAAUUACGGGCGAUGGCAUUGCGACAACAACAGCAAAUCGACUCGCAACACCAGCUGUUGGCCACCAAGGAGCAGCGCUUGCGUUUCCUCAAAUCGCAGGAAGUGCGAAAUGCGGUCGCCAGCGCCGAAGGUGAGCGCCUGCGACGUUUGCGGGAGCGCGUCGAAGCGCAGGAAUCCAAAUUGCGGCGACUGAGAGCGCUGCGAGGUCAAGUGGACUUACAGAAGACUUACAAUGUUACGCUGAGCAACGAUCUGGACUCAAUUCGUGCGCUUUUCAGCGAGAAGGAGAAAGAACUUAGUUUAGCAGUAGCAAAAGUUGAAGCGCUCACACGACAACUAGAAGAUUUACGACGCGAUCGUCGCUGCCCCAUAAAUCUGCUAUCAACGGGCAAUAAUAAUGGCAACGCGCAACCGCUACCACCACAAGCAUCACGGGAACUCGAAAAGUUGCGACGCGAGUUGGUGUAUCGCAAUCAAUUGUCGCUGCAGCAGGAUGCGCGCCUGCAUCUACAGCGCGAGGCGCUGCAACAACGACAGGCUGAACUGCGCUCCGUUGACCAGCGCAUCUACGAGCUACAGACGCGCUUGCAACGUAAGAAGGCCGCCAAUAUACAAAAUAACGCGCAAAAUCAAAAUCAACUGCAUAUACCACCGCAUGAUUUGCACCAACAGCAGCAGCACCAGAAACAGCAGCAACAACAGCCACAUCAGCAGCAUCAACAAAGCGCGUCACAGCAACAGUCACACCCAUCACCGACGCAGGCGUAUAGCAAACCGCACACCAAUGUUGCCUACAACCAACAACAGAGCGGCCAUCAUCACAAGCCAAGUGGUGUGGCAGCGCUCAAACAGCAGUUGUUGCAAAAGCAAGCCAAUAAUCUGUUGACCACAACGCAGCAACAGCAGAAUGCUUCGAAAUUCCCGAAUAUCAUCACGCGCGAGCAAAAUCGAAACAUACCGCGCGGCAAUGUCGCAGCGGUGGAGCCAUACAUACACACGCCGCAUAAGUCUGCUGGUGGCGCCUACUUGGGCGCCGGUAAUAUACUAAAGCAUGCCGCCGCUACAGCUAAUACGAAUCAGCAGAAUCAACUGAUACAGGAUUUGACACACAUGAAGCACAACAUAACUGCCGCUACGCAUAGUCCACAAGGCGGCGCGCCGCACAGUGGUACAAACGCCGCAAGCGCGCAAACAUUUUUCAGCGGCGAGAGCGAUGAAUCAAAGUUGGCGAAGAAAAUGUUGACAGCGUCGCUUGCCGCUGCCAAGGCCGCAGAACCGACGAAACCCGUGGAAGUGGACACAUCGAUGCACAUCUAUGCCGAGGUGGGUCCAAAAAAGAGAGAUUUGCAAAAAGCAGCAGAGGCUGCCAAAGCGGCGGAAGCUGCCGCCCGCGCGGCUGAAGCAGCUGCGAUGGCUUCAACAAGCGGAAAUGGCGCAUCCACCACCACUGCUAUCACAACUACCGGCAGCAAAAUACCGAAAAGCAUCAGUUCCUCCACCUCAGCGACUGUUUUGAUCAGCAAACUGAACAGCGCCACCGCUGCCUCGAGAGAGGCGCGCACUGACUUGGAGCGAAGAUGCGAGGGUGCGGCAAGCGAAGCGCUAACUGAGAAACACAGUCAGCAACAACAGCAGCUAACUGUGCAUAGCAUGCCACUGGGCACUGCCAAUAAGUCACUUGCCACUGCUGUCGCGCACACGAGUGCAUCUACGGCUACAACAACAACGAGCACAGCAACUGCCGAAGGCACCCAUACGAAGCCGAAACCACUGCAGGCACACUCAGCCAGCGGUCUGGCAAUACCGCCGCGCAAGCCAAUUAGUAGCGUAGCGCCCACAUCGGUGACAAGCUCCAUACCGAAAAUGGUACCCAUUAGUCCUAAGGUCAAUCGCGUUGCGCCGAAUGUCGUAACAGCCACAUCGACAGCUACGAUAAGUGCGGCGGCAGCAACAGCAAACGCCGCAUACCCAGAUCGACCGGCGCUGCCACCGAAACCAAGCAAAAUGUCGCCUACAGAACACGCAAGUGAGCACAAUGCGCAAGCUACAACAACGUCAACAACAUCAAUGCUGAAAAAACCCGCCGUACACGCCGCGUCAAUAACAGCAGCCGCGUCAAAUGAAUUGCAGCAAGCCACCCAAGGCUUGCAAACGCUCAAUAUAAAUGAUAAUCUGCCGAUCAAGGCGAAACCGCUGACAAUACGCAAGCAACCUAUGUGUGAGCAACCGCGUCUCAAGUUGAACAGCAAUGUGCCCAAACCACCGCUACAAACGGCGCGAAAAAUGGAUAUGCCAGCUGCAUCGUCGUUCCUCUACCCCGCGGAUGGUAGUCAACGCGGUGAACGCGGCAAAGAUGCACAAGAUAAUGGCAAUAAUAACAACAAUGCUAACCGCUCAACUGUCUCAGGCAGCAUCACAUCAUCGGCCGCCUCGUCGCCGGAACAGCUACCGCAGUAUUCGCUGCCACAAGUCCCACCACCAACAUCCAAUGCGGCAACGGCACAGUCACAGCAUUCGCCAAACAGCAAUUCGCAGACGAGCUCCAGCUUAGACGAAUUGGAUAAAAUUGAGCAUCACAGCGAUGGGGUAAGCGGCAUUGAAUCUACCACCGAUGCAAAUGGUAUGAAGCGGCGCGCCAUAUCCACAGGUAGCGCGCCAACAUCUUCUGCGCUUUCGUCAGCGUCUAACGGCAAUGGCAAACCGAAAUUGGCGCGCCGCGUGAGCUUCGAUCCGCUCGCUCUACUGUUGGACGCCAGUCUCGAAGGUGAACUGGAACUGGUGAAGAAGACCGCAAUGCAAGUGGCGAAUCCCAGCGCCGCCAAUGAUGAAGGCAUCACCGCACUGCACAACGCCAUCUGCGCUGGUCACUUCGACAUAGUCAAAUUUCUCGUGGAAUUUGGCUGCGAUGUCAACGCCCAGGUGUAUGCGGUAUUCUCGUAUGAUGCUCAAAAUAGCGACGAACUAACAUUCCAAGUCAACGAUCGUCUCAUUAUCCUGCGUAAGGGCGACGAUGCCGAGAGUGAGUGGUGGUGGGCCAAGAAUGCGAAUGAUGAGGAAGGUUAUGUGCCCAGAAAUCUGUUGGGGCUCUAUCCCAGAGUUCCACCACAGACAUCCAACUUCAACGAUUAGCAGUUAAUACGAUUUUAUAUAUGUAAAAAGAAAUCGGGUCGUCUGAUACAAAAACACUACAUUUCCAAAUACUUGUAAUAGUUGGCAAGACAUAACGGAGAAUGAGUGCAGAAGACUACAACACACACAAAUGCACACGUGUGGAAUGCAAAUCAAAAUAACGCACGCGUUGCCGCAUAACGGUCGUUAGUAGCAUACAAACUACUUUUAAGCAAUUACUAAUUAUUUUUUAAACUAUAUAUUAACUUUGUCUAAUUUUACGCAUUCAUUUUAAGUUCUUUUUCUAAUUUAAUUUUAUGACAGCGUUUUGUUUGCUGCCGCAUGAAAGUGUCCAUAGAAUGUGCAACAUUGAUAUUUAAGCGUUUUCGAAGGUUUUCUACAUAAGUCCUAAAUAUGUACAUAUAUAGAGUACAUACGAACAUAUAUAUUUGUAUAUACAUACUUACUAUGCUAUGUUAUGUAUGCUCAAGCGCAUAAACUAAAAAUAAAAGCAAAAAAUAAAUAAAACAAAAAUAAUUCAUAUAUAUUUGACUAAUGCUAUGUAAUAAGCUACUUAUAAAUAAUAAAAUGUUAAAGCUUACAA